ACGGUGUGCCGGUUUUAUGUGUUAAUGGGCUAGAGGAAGUGGCGCACGUGUAUCGCGAAGACGCACCAUUCAGCGCAACCCUCAACCGAACCGACCUAAACUCUAAGUUUUGUACUAACCUAAGUUGUACAAUGCAGUUGCUAGAAGCUGAUUACUCUAAACGAUACUGGUUUGUUAAAAGCACGAGUGGAUCUGGCUUCAAACCUAUCAUAACUGUGAAAGAGUUCGACGACUACUUGAGCCGAGCUAAGGAAUUAUUUAAAAAGGAAUUUUAUAAGAAGACCGGGAACUUGUGGAGUUUAAGGCAUCAAUUUGAAAAGAAACACGGUAAAUACGAUCUGGUGCAGUUGGCGAAUCUAAAUGAAACAAUCCCUGUACUACAGAUGGAUACCCAAAGCUCUCUACCAGCUACUUUACAAAAACUGUUGAUUCUACUGUUUGAUAUCAACAUUAUUAAUAAAACAAUAGCAGAUAUCGAUGUGGAUUCGAGAAAAAUGCCUUUAGGUGUCCUCGCUGACGAACAAAUUAAGGCGGGAUAUGAGACAUUAUUGCAUCUGUUUCACAUAGUAAAAAAGGGAAAAGUCAGCUAUAAUAGGAUUAAAGAUCUCUCUAAUAAAUUCUACACGAAAAUACCACAUAAAGGAACAGAAAAAAACUUAGUUGUUCUUGAUAGUGUGGAAUUGAUUAAAUCCAAAGUUGAUAUGCUUAACGAUUUGCGGAACACUCACUUAUCGUUUAGAUUAUUAAGAGAAGAAAUGGACAAGUCUGUUAAUAGCAUGGAGACAUUCUACAACAGAUUGAACACAAAAAUCGUUGCGUUGGACAAAAAUUCUCAGGAAUUUAAUAUGAUAUUGGAAUACUUUACGAACACCCAAUCAAAAACACAUCUUAAUAACUUUAAGAUGCACAUUGACGAGAUAUUUCUAGUGGAACGGGAAGGUGAAAGAGAACGCUAUGAGCCUUACAAAUCACUGCAUAAUAGGAAACUGUUAUGGCACGGAUCACGACUCUCUAACAUUUCUGCUAUACUCUAUGAAGGUCUCCGCAUAGCACCGCCAGAAGUGAUAGCAACAGGUCAUAUGUUCGGCAAAGGUAUAUACUUCGCGGACGUAGCAACAAAAUCCGCGCAAUACAUACACGCUACUACGGAUCAUCCUACUGGGGUGCUCUUGUUGUGCGAAGUUGCUCUCGGUAAUAUGAAGAAAUGCUACAGCAAUGAAUACGUCACAGAAUUGCCAGAUGAAUACCAAUCAGUUUGUGGAGUGGGUCGUAAUAAACCAGACCCCUCGCACACCGUAACAUUACAAGACGGUACAAUUGUACCUCUUGGCAAUAUUGUACCGAACGACGAUAUGCUCUCUACGCAAAGUCAACUUAUUCAUAAUGAGUAUCCUUUUUAAAAAAAGACACUAGAA